UGCUCCUGCGCAGCUAGUUGUGGCAACGACAGACUGAAAAUUCCCCAACUCUUCUGCUUCUUGGAUACGUCAAGUAACAAGAAAUUCCACAAAAAUGUCGGACGUCGAAGUUGAUGACACCCCGGUGGCCCCACCGACCACCGGUGGCGCGAUGGAUGUCAACCAAGCCCUGCAAGAAGUCCUAAAGACGGCACUCAUCCACGAUGGGAUCGUACACGGUUUGCAUGAAGCCGCCAAAGCUCUGGAUAAGCGACAGGCCGUUUUGUGCGUGUUGGCGGAGAAUUGCGACGAACCCAUGUACAAAAAAUUAGUUUCGGCGCUAUGUUCCGAACACAAUAUUCCCUUGAUUAAAGUCGACAAUAACAAAAAGUUGGGAGAGUGGUCAGGACUUUGCAAAAUCGACAAUACUGGCAAAGCGAGGAAAGUUGUUGGGUGCUCGUGUGUUGUAAUCAGGGAUUACGGCGAGGAAUCCCCAGCCCUAGAUGUUCUUAAAGAAUACCUUAAGAAUGCUAAGUAAUUGUUUAUUUUAUAAAAAAUAAAACUUUAAUACAA